AGGCCUUUUCCAGCCUGUCUACUCUUUCAAUUUAUAGGUCCUCCACACACACACCCACGUACAGGCACAGACGCACAGCAGAGACAAAGUCAGGAUGUGACAUCAUCCACAGGAAGAGAAGCCAAACAACUUUUUCUCCUUUUUUCUGUGCUGUCUGUGCUGCUGAGAGAAGUCGGAGACUCUCGGUCCGUCCGUGACUGGCAGAGAAGGAGAGGAUCCAGAGGAGCGAGAGGGGGCAGAGCAGCUGGAUCUGUCCUUCGCAGGGAGUUUGAGGUUGAAGGGGUCUGGCGCCUGAAUCCUCCCUGAACUUCCCAGGACUUGCCACCACAUUCCAGACCCUCUGCUGCAGGAUUUCAGCCAGAAACUUCCCGCCAUCUGCAGAACAAGACCGCCCUGCAAUCUUUACAUGACAGACGCUGACCCCCUCUGACCUGCUUUCCGAGCCGGUGCCAUCCCUCAGGAAGGUCGCGCUUUAUCCAACUCAAAACUAACUAUUAUUCCGGAGGGCUUAUUCUCCCCUUAUCUCAGGGGAAACGACUGAGUCGAUGGCGUUGUGUCUUGGACAAGUGUUCAGCAAAGAUAAAACAUUCAGACCCAGGAAGCGGUUUGAGCCGGGCACCCAGCGCUUUGAACUCUACAAGAAGGCCCAGGCCUCGCUCAAGUCCGGCUUGGACCUGAGGAAAGUGGUCCAGCUGCCGGAGGGAGAGAACAUCAAUGACUGGAUUGCUGUUCAUGUGGUGGAUUUCUUUAACAGGAUCAACUUGAUCUAUGGCACGAUGAGUGAGUUCUGCACAGAGCGCUCAUGUCCCAUCAUGUCCGGGGGGCUGAGGUACGAGUACAGGUGGCAGGACGGUGACGACUACAAGAAACCCACCAAGCUGCCUGCCCUCAAGUACAUGAACCUGCUGAUGGACUGGAUCGAGUCGCUCAUUAAUAAUGAAGACAUCUUCCCCACCAGAGUAGGUGUACCGUUCCCAAAGAACUUCCAGCAGGUGUGCAAGAAGAUGCUGAGCCGCCUCUUCAGGGUGUUUGUGCAUGUUUACAUCCAUCACUUCGACAGCAUCUGCAGCAUGGGCGCCGAGGCCCACAUCAAUACCUGCUACAAGCACUACUACUACUUCAUCUCAGAGUUCAACCUUAUUGAUCACUCUGAGCUGGAGCCCCUGAAAGAGAUGACAGAGAAGAUAUGCAACUAAAGUAAAACCACAUGGACAAAGGAGUUUACACUAUGACGUUAUCUGAGCCCCGUGAGAAUUCAUCGGCUUCAAAACGACUCAACAACACUCGAAACAAAGAACAAUUUCAAACAAAGUUUUAUGAGUUGUUUUCCUUGGCAGAACUGGGAAGGUCCGCUAUCAAACCACGCUUCUUCAGACUGUGGUACUGCGCCUUCACAGAGGUUUUUACUUAGAAUAAUUAUGGCCCCUCAUGCCAUCACUAUAGGACUUUGUGUAGGUUUAUGAUACUACAUCUCCUGUUCUUAUGAUUUCUCUUUCCAUCUGUGCAUGUAUUUGUUUGAACUUUUUUAUAUACAGUGUUGAGUCUUAUUUUGUUGAAUGGAAGUUUUUUUUUUGUAUGUGAUGUCAGUGUUUUUAUAGUUUGAACAUAAAAAUGCAGCUUAAAGAAA